AUGGACACCACAAUCCUGAAGGAAUCAUCUCGUCAGCAGAAGAAUGCCGCGCUUGCGUGCGAAAAAUGCCGUAUCCUCAAGGUGAAAUGUAUCCGACCCGAGGAGGGGCAACCUUGUACAAAAUCAAAUUCUCAAUGCGUAGUUCCAGAGCCGAAACAGCGAGUUCGAGUUUCACAACGAGCGAAACCGCGACUGGUCGAUCUUGAGUCCAAGCUCACUAAUAUCAUCGGUCUUCUUUCGCGAUCGAGUGCACCCAUUUAUGGAGAACAAACGCCCGUUGACGCGGAUUUCGGUCUCUCUGCAAUCCCUGAAUGUUCUAGCGACAGCCCACACCGAGCAGCUGAAUUGAUGACCGAAGAGUAUCUGGCCGAUUCUGGAUUUUGUGAAGCCCUGGAGUCGAGCGAAACGCAGAAUACCACCGAAACUACUCCCGAAAAUACGUGGGACUCAUCCAAUUCCAUAAACCCUGGGUGGAUCACCGACUUGGGACUCGGUCCUGUCGUCCUCGAGCAUCUUUUAGACAAGUUCCGUGGUAUGGCGUCUUGCUUUCCAUUCGUGCGGCUCUCGAACGCCUGCACUGCUGCGUCGAUGGCUAAAGAGCGGCCCUUCCUAUUGCUUGCUGCUGUUGCUGCUGCUUCCUCGAAGUACUGUCACCUUCAAGACGCUCUGAUCAAACAGUUCAAAGAAUCCCUAAGUCAUCGGGUAAUCAUGGCUGGUGAGAAGGAUCUAGAUCUUCUCCAGGGGUUACUUGUCCACCUUGCCUGGUUCCAUUUCCAUUUUGUUCCGGGAAGCCAACAAGCCUACCAGUACUUACAAAUUGCAAUCAGCAUGGUCAUUGACCUUCGACUCGAUCAUGAGGCUGCUGAACUGCUUGGGCAGCGAACCGAGAUGGGGGAUACAUAUGCCCAGGAAGCAUGUUGUGCUUAUCUAGGCUGCUAUUACAUGUCCAGCGUAAUAGGGCUGUCUUCGGGGAAGCCCAACAAUCUUCCGUUUCAUAAAAACAUGAUUCGAUGCGCCAUGAUGCUACAACAGCAACCAGAAUUUGACACAGACGUCUUAAUAUACCCAGUGACGAAAGUGCUACAGUUCACUGAGGAGGUCUGCGAGACUUACCGGUUAGAAGGCAUUCAUGGGCCUCUGCUGUACAUCCAUGCCGAAAGAUUUACGACGUGGUUAGAAGAAUGGUGGUCGUCCCUAUCGAUGGAUCUUCGCAACACGGUAUUGCUGAUCAACGGCUAUUACGCUGCCAAAAUUCGGAUUCAAGAAAUGGGCUUGGUAUAUUGCUAUGGGCGGAGAAGACCGCAAUCUCCAAAGGUACAGGAAGAUUCCACCAUAUUAUCUGCACAUCCAAUAGUCAUCAGCAACCUGGUCAAAUGUGUCAGCUCAGCGAAAGAAUAUCUUGAUCUUUUCUGUGCCCUUCCCACUACGGAGCACAGGACCUUGCCAUUUUCCGCUUGGUAUCAGUUUAUUUUCACGGUAUUCGUGCUGUACAGAUUGUCCGUGGGACUGCCAGAAGUACCUCAGUGGAAUGUGGAGAUUGCACAGCAAACUGUGGAUCUACGAGAGUACAUCGAUACACUGCUGUCUCACUUACAGGCUAUUGAGCCAUUGCCAGAUAGGCAGAUGCCGACCAAGAGCCUCUUUACAAGGCUGCCCGAGAUCAUAGGAAGUGUAAGAACUUCUUAUGCAUUGGCAAAAGAGAAUCCGACCCAGGUUUAUGAUAGCCGCCGUGCUCAUCACGAACUUAAGUCUUCGAAUAAUCCAGCCUCAUCUGUUCGAGUGCUGCACCGCUGCCCUGCAAUGCGGUAUUCGAGCGGUCACGUCGCCCGGGCUCAGGGUCGACCCGCACUACAAGGUGCUAUUGCUACGGAACUCCAGAGUAUAGAAGAUGAGACAGUCUGGAGUGAUAUUCUGUUUAUGGAUACAUUCUCUAGCAUGACAGAUUCAUCAUCCAUACAGGUUUAA